AUGGCGUCAACUGAGGUUUUAACAGGAUUUAGGGUGUAUAAAGACCACACCCAAAGAAAAAGCUAUUAUAGAGAUCACCACAGAAUGACCAGAGACAUGCUAGUAGUAGAAGCGAGGUUCCCAAAACAAACAAAAACACUCCUACACAAGUCAAACAAAAAAUUGUUCAAAAAUCUCGAAUCGUUACAACAGAUUUCAGACUCCUUCUUUAAAAGAAUUAAAUUAGAUCCAGAAGUUUUGGACUCUUUCAGGAAUCUGGUGGGAUCAAGCUUCGUAAACGGGACAAUCGAUUUCGAAUCGUUUCUAUCGACGCCAAAAUCUAACCACUUCAGUUUAGUUGAGCUCCUAUUCAAAACGCUCUCUAAAAACUAUGAUCGAAUUCUGGACCUGGAAAACCAAGUCGACAAACUGACGGACGUGAAUGCAGAACUGAACUCAUAUAUCUCAGAUGUAUUAGAUGAGUAUGAAAAAUUAAGAAAAUUCGCAGCAGAUAGUAAAGAAAUGAGGACGUCGGAAGUAGGAAAGUUGUCAGAAGAAUACCAAAUUCUGUAUGAAAAGUACACAUCACUGCAGGAAGAGUUGGCAGAAGCAAACCAAAUGAUAUCAUUUCUACAAAGUGAACUUUCAAGGAAUAAAAAACAGCAACAAGAACGUGAAAAGAUGGGAUACGAUGAUGAAAGUGAUGAUAAAUCAGCUGUAAGAUUUAAUUUUCAACAAGAAAACAUGGAUUUGUUUGACCCACAAAUAGAAGAUAUUACACCAAAUGACAGAGAAUUAGAAUACGAAAGUAAGUUGAAUGAUUUACAGAGAACAAACGAUGUCUUGUUUGAAGAGAACAUAAAGUUGAGAAAGUUAAAGGAGCAAAAACCAGUACAGGAGCAUUUUGGAGCAGAUAAAUUUGUUACAUUAAGCAUAUUGUUCCACCAGAUCACAAAGAGUAUGAAUAAGGUAUUCCAAGAUCACGUUGAUUUUGAAAGAACAACAGAUCCAGAAGAAACACAAGAAAACAUAAACCUAUACCUUCAAGACUCAAGACUAAGAACCUUGGACUACGAAAAUAUUUUGUAUAAAGAUAGGUUAAUGGAGGUUGAAACUCUACUGAAAACGGAAAGUAUAGCCAGAAUAUCACUUGAGACGACGAUAUCAGACCUAAAAAUCAAGCUUUACGAAUCAGAAAACCUAUACCUGGAGCUGGAAAACCUGAAAACGUCAGUAAGAACAAAGGAAAAUGAGUUAAAGAAUAUGGUAGAGUCAGGAAAGGUGGAGUCUGAACAGCUAGGAAAAAUGCAAUAUAUGGUAACAAACUUGACAUACGAUAAGAACGACCUGCUUAACAAGAUAUCGUCAUUGGAGUUUGCAAUAGAUUCGCAUAAUAAGGAGCGAGAUGUUAUGAGAGGACAGCUGAAAAAGUUAGAAAACCUAUUAGACCAGAAUGCAGACAAGUUUGACUUCAGAGACAAGAUAACGAACAUACACUUGCAGGGAGAAAUUGAAAUUCUAAACGACAAAGUCCACAGAAUGAAAAUACAACUGGAAGAAGCGAAGAAAGAAAAUGCAGAAUUGGUGUCAACAAGAGUCAAGAUGAGGAAUGAUCUGGAAAGAGUAAGAAGAGAAAAUUCAGAAUUACAAAAAAGAAUAUCAGAAUCGGUAAAAAAUGAGUCAAAUAUGACAGUACAAAUACAAAGACUAUCAAGUAACCUAGAAUCACUGAAGGAGUCGUUGGAAACAAGUUCAGGAAACGUUAGAGAUAUGGCAGAUGAGUUGGAAAUGGUUAAAAAGAAAAUCUUCGAAAAAGAUUUACAAUUAUCGCUAAUUGAGAAUAAAAAGGAUGAAUUGAAAGCUGUGUUAGACGACUUUGCAAUUAAACUGAGUCUGUCAAAAGUGAAUAAAAUAAGUGCGGUAAACAAGAUAGAUUUGAAAUCGAUAAGUUACAGUGAAUUAAUACACACACUUACGAGUUCUAAUAGUGGCAGCAAAAAAGAAGUUACAGAGUACACAUACCAAUAUUUGAUGGGUAACCUGGAAAAAUUAAUUAAUUUUAACGAAAUGCUAGUAACCUUGUGCAUAAACCUAUCUAAGGAGCUUAACGCACUUAGUGGAAGUGUUCUGAACGUGACCAGUUUCUCAAACAUAUUCGAAACGUUUAAUAUAGACUUGGUCAACGUAGACAUUUUGAAGACGGAGCAUUUGUCGGAGGUGACUGACCUGAAACUAAAGCUUAAAAAUGUGUCGGAACUAAACAAGAAUUUGGCAAAUAAACAUUUGUGGGAAAAAAGCAUAAUUAGACUGAAGGAAAAGUAUUCAUCCACGAUUUCUAAACAUAAAGAUAUCAUGGUGCAAUGUGAUAAAUUUAUAAAGCUGAACCAGGAGGGGUUGGACGGACUAAUAGCUGAAAACACGAGGCUCAAAUCUGAUUGUUCGAAGGCAGCAUUCCUAAUGGUGGAUUAUGAAAAUCAAUUAUCUGAGACAUCAAUGGAGCUACUACAUCUGAAGGAAAUGAUUUACUCACUCCUCCCAGAUGACCUUAAACUUAGGUCAGAAAAGGAUGCACCACUAAGGUCAUUGGAGUUGUUACACGAACGUAUUAAUUUCAACCAUGCAGAUUUCACUAAGUUAAAAACCUCCAGUUCUGUGAACAUGAGCUCAUUGGUAAACAACUAUCAUGAACAACCAAAGCAUCCAUUCAGUGAAUCAUGGAACUUAAAUAAAAAGCUGGAAAACAAACCACAUGAGGAGAGGGAACCACUAUAUGAAUUUAACGAUAACAAACGUGAUUAUAGUCUGGUAAAUGAGCACUAUCUUCUGACCUCUAAGGAACAAGAAUUGAACGAUGUGUAUGAAGACGUUAGAUAUUACUGUAACCUAAUGGCGUCCGACAUCAAGUCUCAAAUGAAUUAUGACCCGAGCCUUCCCCUGGAUACAGACUAUGAGUAUUCUAAUACAAAUGAACUGCUCUCAGACGAUACAAUAAGCGAUUACAAGGAUGAAGAUUACGUCUCAGAUAAGUUCAGAUACGUUCUAAACCUCUUGGAUAAGUUAUUCAGCCACUACAAUCGCCAAAUGAAGGAGUAUUAUCAAGGCCUGAACAGCGCGAAUAGAAAAUGCACAACCUUAGUACUUGAUACAGGUGUUAUCAAAUGCAUAACAAAAUUCGUUAGUACCCUAAAAAAGUAUUAUAAUACCUUUAAUAACCAAAACUCGUUCAUACUAGAUGACCUCCAGUAUGAAUUCGAGUCCAUCCCACCAAUGCUAGAUGCACACAAUAAGUUCAAAACGUUCUGUACAUGCCUAACAAAGCUCCUAAAUAUCUCCUCAGAGUUCAUUCUGGACCAACUGAGUGAAAGUUCAGAACAAGUGAGUCACUUGAUAAAGGAUAUUGAAACUACAACCUCAUCAAUGAGACAAUUGGAGGAGAUUAACAUAGCUAAGGAUCAACAAAUCAAAUCAACUCAAUUUGAAAUUAGUGAUUUGAAAAAUCAAAUAAACCACCUACAAACACUAUAUCAAAAAGAAAAGAAUAAUAAUCUAGAAAACAAACUCGAUUUGGAAAAUUAUGAAUAUGAACUUAACAAACUCAGGGAUGACCUGAGGAAUCAGUUAAAUAAAAACGAAAAAUUGGAAUUACUAACCGUUUCAGCAGAGAGCACCAAUAUAAGAAGAUUCCUCCUAAAUGACCAAAUAGAUGUCACCAAACUAAAUUUCUCAGAAAUCAAAAAUUUAUCGGACCAAGUUUUGGAAGGAUUGAAGAACAAGAGACUGGAAAGAACACUUGUAGUCAAGUUCUCAAACAUAGUCUCAGACUAUAUACAGAAGGAUACAGAAAAUGGAAGAAAAUUAACACUAGAUGAUUAUUUUUCACUUUUGGAGUAUAAUUAUUUGACACAUUCAGAUAAAUACCUUAGCGUUUUGACAUCAAACAUAAGCUGGUAA